AAAUCUCUAUAUAAUCCUUCCAUUUAUAGGAAGGAAUUAUUAUAAUUAUUUUGAAGAACAAGAAGAGAGUGCAGUUUUCUGCAUUCUCUGUGAAAAUUCUUCCAAGUUAUUUAUUGGGUUUUCCCAGUAUGGUUAACCUGAAGGAAAUUUGGACGAAGCAGACAUUGAUUAAUCUUCUAUUGGGCCAAUUUCUGUCCCUUCUCAUCACUUCCACAGGGUUUUUAUCGUCCGAACUCGCUAGAAAAGGAAUCAAUGCACCGACAUCCCAGUCUUUUCUAAAUUACGUGCUCUUGGCAUUAUUUUAUGGAGGUUUUAUGGUUUACAGGCAAGAGGGGAUCAAGGCAAAAUGGUAUUAUUACAUCCUCCUUGGAAUAGUUGAUGUGGAGGCCAAUUUUCUGGUUGUGAAGGCUUACCAGUACACAUCCCUAACAAGCGUGAUGUUGCUGGAUUGCUGGGCAAUUCCGUGUGUUCUGCUUUUUACGUGGUUUUUCUUGAAGACAAAAUACAGACCCAGAAAAUUAGUUGGUGUUGCCAUCUGUAUUGCUGGUCUUGUCCUGGUGAUCUUUUCAGAUGUACAUGCUGCAGAUCGAUCAAGUGGUAGCAAUCCUAUCAAAGGGGAUAUACUUGUAAUUGCUGGAGCCACGCUGUAUGCCGUGAGUAAUGUCAGUGAGGAGUUUUUUGUCAAAAGUGCUGAUAUGAUUGAACUCAUGGCAUUUCUGGGCCUUUUUGGUGCCAUUGUUAGUGGUUGCCAAAUAAGCAUACUUGAGCGCAAUGAGUUGAAGUCCAUUCACUGGUCAGCUGGAGCAGCACUUCCCUUUGUUGGAUUUGCAUUGGCGAUGUUUCUAUUCUACUCAUUUGUUCCCAUUUUGCUGAAGAGGAGUGGUGCCACAAUGUUAAACUUAGCAUUGCUUACCUCUGAUAUGUGGGCUGUUGUAAUUCGUAUCUUUGUAUACCAUCAGAAGGUUGACUGGAUAUAUUUUGUAGCUUUUGCUGCUGUUGCUGUGGGGCUUCUUGUUUAUUCUGGGCGGGAUAAGGUGGAUCAGAACGUAGCUGAUGAAGGCAUUGUAAGAAGCAAGCGAUUCGACGAGGAAACUGGCCUAGAUAAUCCUGCACGAAAAGAUGCCAUUGAGAGCUCAAAAACUGAAGAUAAUAGGCAAAAUUUUGCAUCUAGUAGCACUACAGAGGGUAGUGACACUCAAACAGUGCCCAGAAAACAAACAGAAGCAAACAAAAGUUUAUUGUAGUGUUAAGACACUUCUUUUUUAUUUCUCCCUCUAUACCCUGUAGGGAAGUCUUAUUCCAUUUUGCUAGGUUAAUUUUCAGGCUAGUGAACUUGCAUUGAUGCAAUGUAACUGCCAAAGAGUUUCUUCGUCAUUUUACUUAAUAAAAGAUCUCAUUCUUCA